AUGUCUCCGCCAAACGGCGGGGAGGAAACAAGCAUAAACACAAACAAGGGCUGUGUUCAGGGUUCCAUAGCCGGCCCGAUCUUGUGGAAUCUCCUGCUGGACCCUCUGUUAAAGGGUUUGGAAAAUAGAGGUGAUUACUGUCAGGCUUUCGCCGACGAUGUGAUCCUGAUCUUUGAGGGGGAUACGGCUCAAGAAAUACAAAAUCGGGCCAAUGUCACCCUCGAAUAUGUUAAGGCGUGGGGCGUUAAAAACAAACUAAAAUUUGCAGCGCAUAAGACCAACGCCAUGGUAAUAACUAGAAAACUUAAGCAUGAUACACCACGCCUUACCAUGGGAGGGGUUGACAUUGGUUUAACCAAUGAAAUGAAGUUGUUGGGAGUCACGAUUGACAAUAAACUUACGUUCAAUAGCCAUGUCGCCAACGUUUGCAGGAAAGCAAUUGCGAUAAACAGACAAUUAGUCAGAGCCGCAAAGGUCAGUUGGGGUCUUCACCCUGAAGUCAUUAGAACAAUCUACGUCGCCGUAGUAGAGCCUGUCAUAACUUACGCUGCCUGUGCGUGGGCACCCGCUGCACAAAAACUCGGAAUAAUAAAACAUUUUGAUACAGUCCAAAGGGGUUUCGCGCAGAAAAUUUGUAGGGCAUAUCGAACAGUGUCCCUGAGCUCAGCACUAGUGCUGGCUGGGAUACUCCCUCUAGACCUGCGAGUCCGCGAAUCUGCUUCAUUGUACGAAGCCAAGAGAGGAGUGUUCCAGCCGGAGUUGGGAGACAGGGAGGUCGAACAAAUGGCACCGGCUCUGGAAUCUUCGCAUCCCGCUGAACAUAUUGGCCUGGAGUUCGUAAGCCUGGUGGACCAAGAACAGCUAGAUUCCAACAGCAACUUUGAUCUUCGCAUUUACACCGACGGCAGUAAGAUUGAGGGCAGGGUCGGCGCAGCGCUAUCCAUGUGGAAUGGCGCAACCGAAACCAAGGCCCUCAAACUUACACUAUCGUCAUACUGCACCGUCUACCAGGCAGAACUACUGGCUAUAUGUAAAGCAACACUGGAGAUUCUGAAACACAAGGCAACCACGUGCGGAGUAUAUAGUGACUCUAUGGCAGCGUUACAAACUGUAACAAACACAUGUUCCCUUCAUCCCCUGGCGGUAGAAGCCCGAAAAAAUCUUAAAACUGCAACACUCCAGAACAAACAUGUCAGUUUGUUCUGGAUCAAAGCCCACGCGGGACUAGAAGGGAAUGAACGUGCUGACCAACUUGCUAAAGAAGCCGCAUUGAAUUCCAAACGAAAACCCCAUUACGAACUGUGCCCGAUUUCGUUCGUCAAGCGAAGCAUUCGAAUGCGAUCGCUUGAUGAAUGGACCCGGAGAUACAAAAACAGUGAAACCGCAGCAGUGACUAAAAUCUUUUUCCCAGACGUGGUGACUGCAUAUGGAAUAGUUAGGAAGAUGGAGCAUACCAAUGUUACAACCCAGGUGAUGACGGGGCACGGUGGAUUCUCAGAGUACCUGAACCGAUUCAGGUGCAAGGGGAGCCCAUCGUGCAUUUGUGAGCCCGAUGCGAGCGAAACAGUUCCUCACGUCUUGCUGGAAUGUCCAAUGUACGCGAACGAGCGGUACAACAUGGAACAGUUACUGGAGUCCAAAAUGACGGCCGAUAACAUCUGUAAAAUAAUGAUUGGAAAAUAUAGAAACAACUUUUUGAAUUAUUGUAAAUCUGUAGUUAGUAAGAUAAUUAAGAGAAACAAAAUAGAGUAA